GAGAGAUUACGAGUCCAACGGCCACUUUGGCUUCUGUCGUCGCGUGCUUUUAUUUCUUCCCUGUUCAAUUUACCUCCCCCUCUUUUUUUUAAUUUUCAAUUUUCUUUUUUUUUAUAAUCUUAUUCUUCUCUACACUCGUUGGAUUGUAAACUUCUCUCCCACUUCUCGUAUUUAAUAUUCGUACCACCCCUUGCAUUCGUUCGUUGGAUCGUUUUUAUUCCUUCUGUUAUACCAUCCUGACGUCUGUGACGCUGAUAAGCUUUAUCUUGCCCAUUCGCCGAAAGGAAUCGGCAUUUAUUCGACGCCUCCCCGCUGCCCCAAUUUCCAUUCAAUUGCUUACGCAGUGUAUGCGCUGGGAGGAAUACUAUAGCCCUUCACUUGACGAUUCGGUACAACGGCACCGUCACAAUCCACCAUGGCCGAGUCAACACAUAAAACCAGGCGCAUUAUAUCCGUGGUUGCGGGCACACUAGUAGCCCUGGCCUGUGGGACCAAUUAUGCCUACUCGGCAUGGGCGCCACAAUUUGCGGAAAAAAUGAAGAUCUCGUCGACUGAGAGCAACUUCAUUGGCACGGCUGGAAAUCUGGGGAUGUAUGCUUCAGGAGUUCCAUUGGGGUUGUUAACCGAUACUCGAGGUCCACGACUCACGACUUUUAUUGGUGCUGUGGCCCUUGGUAUAGGCUAUUAUCCUAUAUAUAUAGCCUAUGAGCACGGAAAGGGUUCGCUCAGUGUUGGCGUGUUGUCCUUUUUCUCAUUCCUAACUGGCCUCGGAAGUUGCUCCGCCUUCUCGGCUUCGAUCAAGACAGCUGCAACGAACUUUCCCGAUCAUCGGGGAACAGCGACCGCAUUCCCCCUGGCAGCCUUCGGACUGAGCGCCUUUUUCUGGUCUAACGUCUCAUCGUUCAUUUUCAAGGAUGACACUGGCCGGUUUCUUCUGCUGCUGGCAGUGGGGACUUUCGUCUUCAACCUCGUCUCCAUUCCCCUCCUUCGGCUCAUGCCCCCAGCUAAAGCGUACAUGGCCUUAUCACGGGAUCGAUCGCCAGGAGUAGAGUCCACCCAACUACAUAGGACGAAGUCCUCUGAUUUGCGUUAUGUUCCAGAAGAGUCUGAUGAAGCAGGUAUGCAGAGUUCUACAGCUUUUGAAUCCCACUCCCCAAUGCAUGUACGGUCGCAAUCUGGCGCGUCGAACCACUCCCACCAUUCUAGCCACAAUCCCGACUUGGAUGAAACGUCAUCGUUGGUAUCCAAAAGCACCCCAAGGCAAUCUCGGGAGGUUGGCCAGGAGGAAGAUGAUGCUCUCGUAGAUGGCGUCGGCUCACCUCACCCAGACAUUAGAGGCUUGGCAAUGCUGCCCAAAGUAGAGUUCUGGCAGCUUUUCUUGACGAUGGCUCUCCUUUCUGGAAUCGGUUUGAUGACAAUCAACAACAUUGGCAACAGCGCCAAAGCAUUGUGGAAAUACUACGACGAUAGUGCUACCUCCAGAUUCAUCCAACAGAGACAGGUCAUGCAUGUGUCCAUCCUAUCAUUUGGCAACUUCAUCGGCAGACUGUUCAGUGGAAUUGGAUCAGAUCUACUAGUCAAGAAGCUCGACAUGUCACGAUUCUGGUGCCUAUUCAUCUCCGCGGUUGUAUUCACCGUAACUCAACUAGCAGGAGCCGCGAUAUCCAACCCACACCAGUUGAUGGUCGUCUCGGGAUUCACGGGGGUCGCCUACGGCUUCCUUUUUGGUGUUUUCCCCUCUCUGGUAGCUCACACUUUCGGCAUCGGAGGCCUCUCCCAAAACUGGGGCGUGAUGACCCUUGCCCCCGUUCUGAGUGGGAACGUCUUCAACUUGCUGUACGGCAGCAUUUACGACCGACACUCUGUUGUCGGUCCAGAUGGAGACCGGGACUGCCCCGACGGCUUGGGCUGUUACCGGACGGCAUACUAUACCACAUUCUUCUCGGGAGUAGCUGGCGUCAUAGUAUGCUUGUGGAGUAUUCUGCGCGAGAGGCGGGUCCACGGCGCGAUCCGCAAGAAGAUUGAACACGACCGUCUUGCUUAAGGCGGGAAGGGAUAUAUAUGUGCCGCCCGCUAAAGAGCGGGCGCCUCUCUAUCUUUCAAAAUUGCCUGGCCGAAAAGCCAUUUCUUACAUGUUUCUUAUUAGCUAUAUACCCAAGUUUGAGCGGUAUCUGCGACGACGUUGAUAACUCAUCUCAUAUGUCACUACUGGGAGAGGUAUAGACGGAUGAUAAUUUUUUGGGAGGCCUAUCUUUCGUCCUUGAGGUAUUCAUUCUGCAUUUCCCUUGAUAAUUCCACGCUCCUUCACGAAUCAGUGGGUGGUGCCUUGUAUAUAGUCAACACAUCCAAAAA